AUGCUUGGUGUGUUGAAUGUAAUUGAAUUAUUACGGCAAGGACAUUUAGACCAAGCAAUUGAAGAUUUAUUAGCUUUUAAUAGUAAAACAGAUGGAAAAAUAGCUAGUGCGGCUAGUAAUAAUUUGGCUUUAAUUAAUCUUUUGAAAGGAGAAGAUAAAUUAGAAGAUGCAUUACAAUAUUGUGAACAAGCAUUGAGUUUAGAUCGUUACAAUUCAAAUGCUUUGGUAAAUCGUGGAAAUAUUCAUUUUUAUAAAAAUGAGCCUCAAUUAGCUUUGCAAUGUUUUAGAGAAGCUUUACAAGUAGAUUCUGGUUGUAUACAAGCUAUUUAUAAUUCUGGUUUAGUUUGUCGUUUACUUGGACAAUUAGAUGAAGCAAAAAGAAAUUUUUUUAAAUUAAAUGAUAUGUUGGCACAUGAACCUCAAGUACUUAUUCAAUUAGCGGAAAUAUAUAAUCAACAAGGAGAACAUCCACAAGCAAUAGAAUUAUUUACUCAAGCAAGUACUUUAGCCCCAACAGACCCUUCAAUAUUAGAAAGAUUAGCUUCUAUUUACGAGAAUUUUGGUGAUAAUUCUACAGCUUUUCAAUAUUUUCGCGAUGUUUUUUUAAAUUUAAUUAAAAAAAAUAAAAAUUUUUUCAAGAGUUUUCACCAUUUUCCUUCAAAUAUUUCAUUAAUUAAAUGGCUUGGAAAUUAUUAUAUGUCUGCACAUUUCUCAGAAAAGGCUGUUUUAUAUUUUGAAAAAGCUGCUUUAAUGGAACCAAAUAAUCCGGAAUGGCCAAUGUUGACAGCUGGUUGCCAAAGACGUUCAGGAAAUUUUCAACGAGCAUUGGAAAUAUACAAACAAGUGCAUAGAAGAUUUCCUGAAAAUCUUGAAUGUUUAAAAUUUCUUGUACAACUAAGCAAAGAAUUACGAUUAACGGUGGAAGAGCGUGAUUAUACAGAAAAAUUGGGAAGAAUUGAAAAAAUAGGACAAUUAAAAGCACAAAGAGAAUCUGGAGGACAAAGGCAAUUAUCAGCAAAUAAUGAAAGAAAAAAUAUUUUUGAUAUUUCAACUCCAACAUCCCAACAAAAUAGUCAAAGAAAUAGUGGAAGAGGAACAACAACUAAUUCUGAAAGGGCUUCACAAAUUUUACAACAAGUUGGGGGAAGUAAUCAAAAUUAUCAAGCUACAAAAAGGGAUAUUACUGCAGAUGAUUUAAUUUGGAAAGACAAUAUAAACAAUAAUUCUUUUUCUAUGGCUACUCGCCCAAUGACCGGAAUGAGAAGGGCUGGGGAUGAACAACAAUCAGAAUUACUUUUUGAAAAUGAUGAUGGAGAUGAACUUCUUCCAGACUAA